GCGCGCUGUCCUAGCCGGAGGGCUGGGGGUGGGGGGCGAUCCCCGAGAUGAGGAGCAGGAGCAACUCGGGAGUCCGUUUGGACGGGUACGCCCGGCUGGUCCAACAGACCAUUCUGUGUUAUCAGAGUCCAGUAACAGGACUACUUUCGGCCAGUCAUGAACAAAAAGAUGCCUGGGUUAGAGACAACAUCUACAGCAUCCUGGCAGUGUGGGGCCUGGGAAUGGCAUAUCGGAAGAAUGCAGAUCGGGAUGAAGACAAGGCCAAGGCAUAUGAAUUAGAACAGAAUGUAGUGAAACUGAUGCGGGGUCUCCUGCAAUGUAUGAUGAGACAGGUGGAUAAAGUUGAGAAGUUUAAGAAAACUCAGAGCACCAAGGACAGCUUGCAUGCCAAAUACAAUACUGCCACCUGUGGCACUGUGGUUAGUGAUGACCAGUGGGGACAUUUACAAGUUGAUGCUACUUCAUUAUUUUUAUUGUUUCUAGCACAGAUGACUGCCUCAGGCUUACGUAUUAUUUUUACCCUUGAUGAGGUGGCCUUCAUACAGAAUCUUGUUUUCUACAUCGAGGCUGCAUACAAAGUUGCUGAUUAUGGAAUGUGGGAACGGGGAGAUAAGACGAACCAGGGCAUACCUGAACUGAAUGCAAGCUCUGUAGGAAUGGCCAAAGCAGCAUUGGAAGCGAUCGAUGAAUUAGAUCUGUUUGGAGCCCAUGGAGGACGGAAGUCAGUGAUUCACGUCCUUGCUGAUGAGGUGGAGCAUUGCCAGUCAAUUCUGUUGUCAAUGCUGCCAAGGGCAUCCACAUCUAAAGAGAUUGAUGCUGGACUUCUUUCCAUCAUUUCUUACCCUGCAUUUGCAGUGGAAGAUGUGAGCAUUGUGAAUGAGACCAAAAAUGAAAUCAUUGCCAAACUCCAGGGACGUUAUGGAUGUUGCCGAUUUCUUCGAGAUGGCUAUAAAACCCCAAGAGAGGACCCAAAUCGACUGCAUUAUGAUCCUGCUGAACUCAAGCUCUUUGAAAACAUAGAAUGUGAGUGGCCAGUGUUCUGGACAUAUUUCAUAAUAGAUGGUGUAUUCAGUGGUGAUGCAGUACAGGUCCAAGAGUACCGAGAGGCCUUGGAGGUAAUAUUAAUUAGAGGCAAGAAUGGAAUACAUCUAAUGCCAGAACUAUAUGCCAUUCCUGCUGGCAAGGUAGAUGAAGAGUACAAGAAUCCUCACACCGUAGAUAGAGUUCCACUUGGGAAGAUACCUCAUUUGUGGGGCCAGUCUUUGUAUAUCCUCAGUUCCCUGUUGGCAGAGGGAUUCCUAGCCACUGGGGAAAUUGAUCCCUUAAAUAGAAGAUUUUCAACAGCAGUCAAACCUGAUGUUGUAGUACAAGUCACCGUUUUAGCAGAAUCAAAUAAAAUUAAGGAGUUGCUAAGAAAGCACGGAUUCAGUGUGCAGAGCAUUGCUGACAUCCAUCCCAUCCGAGUACAGCCAGCCCGAAUUCUUAGCCAUAUAUAUGCCAAGCUUGGACGGAAUAAGAACAUGAAACUAAGUGGGCGACCAUAUAGACAUAUUGGUGUUCUUGGAACCUCCAAACUCUAUGUGAUUAGGAGUCAAAUAUUUACUUUUACCCCUCAGUUUACUGAUCAGCACCACUUCUACUUGGCCCUAGACAAUGAGAUGAUUGUGGAGAUGCUUCGGAUUGAAUUGGCUUACCUUUGUUCCCGAUGGAGAAUGACGGGAAGACCUACUCUCACUUUCCCUAUCACUCACACAAUGCUCACAAAUGAUGGCUCAGAUAUUGAUUCAGCAGUGCUUGCCACAAUUAGGAAACUGGAGGAUGGAUAUUUUGGAGGAGCAAGAGUGAAAUUAGGGAAUCUUUCAGAAUUUCUUACCACAUCAUUCUAUACGGAUUUGACCUUCCUGGAUCCUGAUGGUGAUGAGAAAUUAUUUGAUGAUCCUAGUGAUGGAAGCUACAGUCCUGAUAGUGAAUAUGAUCUAGAUGGAUAUUCAGAAGAUAUCUAUAAUCGAGAAAGCCAAGAUGAGCUUGACCAGUACAUCAAUCACCUGUUACAAAGCACGGCUCUUAAGUGCUAUCUCCCUACACUUUCUAAGACUGUUGAAGACCGCCAUGUUUUCAGUGCCAUUCAUUCUACACGGGAUAUACUUUCUGUGAUGGCUAAGGAAAAGGGUUUGGAAAUUCCUUGUGUUUCUAUGUCCUUGCCAAUUAAGGUUCGAAGUGCUCAUCGGAAAUCAUUGAACCUUGUUGAUUCUCCACAGCCUCUUCUAGUAAAGUCUUCAGAAACUGAUGUCCAGUGGCCCAAAGAUGCCCAUGGUGAUCUUGACUGUGAGAAGCUAGUAGAGCAGCUGAAGGAAUGCUCUAAUCUACAGGACCAGGCAGAUAUAUUAUACAUUCUUUAUGUUAUAAAGGGUCCUGACUGGGAUACAAAUCUUUCUGGACAGCAUGGUGUCACAGUCCACAGCCUUCUUAGUGAGCUCUACCGAAAAGCAGGCUUGAACAAAGAAUGGGGUUUGAUUCGUUACAUCUCAGGUCUGCUGAAGAAGAAAGUAGAAGUCCUUGCAGAGGCAUGUACAGACCUGCUGUCACACCAGAAGCAGCUCACAGUAGGUCUGCCCCCAGAACCCCGGGAAAGGACCAUCUCUGCCCCUCUUCCCCCUGAAGAAUUGACCAGGCUUAUCUAUGAAGCCAGUGGGCAAGAUAUCAGCAUUGCAGUCCUUACACAGGAAAUUGUGGUUUACUUGGCAAUGUAUGUCAGGUCCCAGCCCAGCCUCUUUGUGGAGAUGCUCAGGCUCCGUAUUGGCCUCAUCAUCCAGGUGAUGGCAACUGAGCUGGCCCGGAGUUUGAAUUGCUCAGGAGAAGAAGCCUCUGAAAGUUUGAUGAACCUUAGUCCUUUUGAUAUGAAAAAUCUCUUACACCAUAUUCUAAGUGGGAAAGAGUUUGGUGUUGAAAGAAGCAUGCGGCCUAUUCACUCCUCUACAUCUAGCCCAGCUAUCUCUAUUCAUGAGGUGGGCCAUACUGGAGUCACCAAAACAGAAAGGAGUGGUAUUAAUAGAUUAAGAAGUGAAAUGAAACAGUUAUUUUCUGUGGGCCAUUCCAUGUCCAGCAGCAUUCACUCUUCCAAGUCCAUGAGGUGCAGUACUCCUUCUUCUCCCACGGGCACAGUGUCAUCUUCUGAUUCCGGUGGUCAUCAUCUCAGCUGGGGAGAGCGGCAGGGUCAGUGGCUGCGUAGGAGAAGGCUAGAUGGUGCCAUUAACAGAGUUCCAGUGGGGUUCUACCAGAAAGUGUGGAAGAUUCUUCAGAAGUGCCAUGGUCUGUCUAUCGAUGGUUAUGUUCUUCCAUCUUCAACAACAAGAGAGAUGACCCCUCAGGAGAUCAAGUUUGCUGUCCAUGUGGAAUCUGUGUUGAACCGUGUACCCCAGCCAGAAUACAGGCAGCUGCUGGUAGAAGCUAUCCUUGUCCUUACUCUCCUCUCAGACAUAGAGUUGAAUAGCAUCGGAGGCAUCAUCCACAUAGACCAGAUAGUGCAGAUGGCCAAUGAAUUCUUCCUAAAGGAACAGACAUCCCUGGGAGUCAUGGACACCCUGGAACGAGACCCAACAACAGGAAUUUGCCACUUUUUCUAUGAUAGUGCCCCAAGUGGAGCCUAUGGGACUAUGACUUACCUGACCAAAGCAGUUGCCACUUACUUGCAGGACUUACUUCCCAAUACAGGAUGCCUGAUGCAAUGAGGCAUCCCCCACAGAAGUUAACAUGGUUCCAGAUCUGCCCUGGGCUUCACCCUUGAAAGACACUUCUUUUGUUGGAUCCCUAGAUCUUCAAUGAUAGUCCAUCAGAAAACAUUAGCCCAAAGGAUGCUGGAAUCUGACCUUGUCCCAUACAUACCCUUGUGUACGAGUACCAUUGAGAACUAUGCUUUUCCCUGAGUCACUCUAUAGUGUCGUUUUCAAAGGUCAUUUUUCUGGUGUAGAUCUUGGAAUAUCUGGCCUCACUGGUUGUGAGAGGGAAUUGGAAAUGUCUUUCUUUUAAAUACGAAGUAAAUGAGAAUCUAGCCUAAGCUGCUUCUCUAGAAGAGGCACAGAAAUAGAUUCCAUGAGGAUUAAAUGCAUCCUAAAGAUGGAAAAGACCUUUAUCCAAGCAGUAUCUACGUGCCUUGUGGCAAAGUAGAAAAAAAAAUUAACAUUCAGGCUCAGUGUUUCUGUGCACUGAACUUUAUUUUUUCCCCCUAAAUAUAACAAGUACAUACAUCUUUUUAUGAAAAACUUCACUUUUGUGUGGCUUGACUUUUCUUCCUUGGCCUCUGAUUAUUUUAUUGUAGGGACUUCCAUUUGAUUCAAUUGUCUUAUUUUCAGAAUUCAGUGAAAUUUGUCUAUUGCCAAACUUAAGAAAUUUGGUUCCUGUGAUUGGGAGGAUGGUGUAAUUCUCAUCUUGGCAGUCUUUCAACCAAGAGGCUUCCUCUGUUUUCUCAAAAAAUGCUUCAUUUUCUUACCCCUGGGGAAAAGAGGAAGGUGAAAGUCAAGUCUUUGUAGAAGGAGUGAAUAUGAGUAUGGUUUAAUUCAUUUUAAAAGACUGGACAAACAGCUUCUUGGAAACAGGACCACUCACUAUAGAGACCACAUAGGCAGCUACUAUCUACCUGGAUGUGCUUUCCACCACCUUGUCUGCCAAGAGACAAAAAUGGAAUACCCUGGCCUUCUCUUUGCAACCAUUUUAACACAUUCUGGCACGGCAAUGGAUGUCUUGCCCUUUUGAGGGAGCCUGGGGUGUAAUGGGUAUGACUCAUCAGAUGCAGAUGAAAAUUAGUGGUGUGUUCCCAAGGGAAAACAAUACCUCACCUUAUAAAUAGUACCAGGCAUGGGACUUGAAAACUUCUCAGAGAUUUGCUUUCAUCCUAAUGUUAUUAGAUAAAUCUUGUUAUAGAUAAUAAUCUAGAAGAACAGAGGCAAUUUGUAAUAGGAACGUUCAAACUCAUUGUCGGAGACUAAGCAAUAAAAUGAUGGUAGAACAACACUACAAUCUCUAAUGACCUCUUUAAGCCUAAUGUUCUCUAUGUCUCAUACAGCUAGUGAAACACUCAGUGUUGAGGAGAGCGGGAAAGAGAGCUGUAAUGAAUAGUUCGACUCCCUUAACCUCAGUACUUCCUAGACAAUUCUCCAAGAGCAGUUAUCAGUCUGCAUUGAUGGAGGGAGUUUGCUGUACAGGAAGUUCCCACUUUGUUAAAAUCUGGGAAAGAAAAGAUAGCUUUAGGAGAACAUUCUACUUCUGGAGAGGAAGAGUCCUUUGCACUUCUAUUGAGUACUACUGCUUCUAGGGGGCAGGGAGAGUCGCCAUCAUUAUGAGGAUGCACUGCUAGUUCAUCCUGGGGAGAACCAAAAAAUAGUGUUCAAAAUAGCACUGGCAGAGUCAGAAGAGCAGGAUUUGAGGCCCAGUUCUACCAUCAAACGGUUAGUUCUGUGAUCUUUUGGCAGGACCUCUUUUUUUUUUCUUUGUGAAGUAAAGUGGCAAUACAAGAUGGUUUCCAAGAUCCUUUCAUAUUCUAACAUUCUCUAAUAUUAUUAAUAAUUCCCUAAUGGUCAUAAGGAAGAAGUAACUUUUAAAUGAAAAAUCUACCAUCCAGUGUGUUAAUGAUAAUUUGCUUAAAGCUUUCUAUUAAAGGGCCCUUAAGUAUCUAAUUACCCAUUGCUUUUUUAGUUCACCAAAAGAGAAAAAUCGACACAUUAUUAUUUAUAUGCUUAUUUUUACUUGAUGGACACCAUUUAUACAAGCAAAUCUUUCUCAAUGCCUUUUUCAUUCUUUCAGCACCAUAUUGUUUUUUUACUAAAGCUUCAAGUUUCAAUGCUGAUGUUCAGAUCAGCUUCACAGGUCCUCCAGAGCUUUCGCUGAUUCUGAUACAAACUUUUCCCUUCUUUUCAAAAAGUCAGGUUUGAUUUGCAUCUUGUCAUAAACCAAGGAAAGUUUAAGGCAAAGUCUAAGUCAUAUAAUAAUAGCUAGCAUUUAUAUAGAACUUACUCGGUGCCAGGCAGUAUGCUAAGCAUUUUACAAAUAUCUAAUUUGAUCUUCACAACAACCCUGGGAGCUCAGUCUUUUUUAUUACGUUAUGUAGGUGAGGAAACUGAGGCAAACCAGUGAAGUGAAUUGCCCAAGGUUACACAACUAGUAAGCGUCUGAAGCUGGAUAUUCAGGUCUUCCUCCAGGUCCAACACUCAUCAUUUCCUCAUGAUCACAUUAUGCUUGGACAUAACUAGCAUUUUACCCAUUUUUCCUUGGCUUCCCAGGCUGACAAGUGCAUCCUUCAACUGAAAACAUAAAUUUCUGAGAGAGAAAUUUUCUCCUGACACACAAAGGAGUAGUGUAGUGAAAGGACCAUCAGUUCCAAGGUGCCCAUGGUGGAGUGGGCCCAACCCUCACAUUCGGAUAUGGGACUUGCUGUGUACUGUGCACUACACUAGGCCUUGGGGGGGAAAGGAUACAGUGCCCAUCAUCCAGGACCUUCUAGUGAAGAGACGGUGCACAUGCCUAAAAAACUAUAAUAUGAAAUUGAAUAUCUCAGCUUGUUGUCUGCACUCCCACUGUCAUCCUCAUCUCCCUCCCACCGCAAUCUCGGAUGUGACCUUUGGGUCAGCCUGCUUUUUAUAGGUGGGCUUUCCUAUCUUAGCUAGAACUAGGCCUCCACACCACUUCCUGACUAUGUCCACAUCAAGCUACCCCCAUCAUUCCUCUCCUCUUUGUGUAUCUGUUGCCUUCCUCCAUUUCAAUGUAAGCUUAAGGAUGGGGACUAUCUCAAUCACUUGUAUUUAUAUUCCCAGCUUAGCACAUAGGAAGUGUAAUAAAUGCAUCUUUAUCCACCUUU